AUGGUGAAGCCGACCCUCAAAACUACUCCAAAUAAACCAUUACCAUUUUUCACUGCAGGUACUUUACCGGAACGUCGACAGUCUCGUGUCACUGGCAGAAUUGUGAAAGUAUACUCGGGUACAAGACCAGAGCCUGUAUUAUGUGCUGGUGAAGGUUUCCAAGCAGAUCCCCGCGACUGUGCUGUGUUCUACCGCUGCAUGAAGUCAGGAAACGGAAAAUUUACUGUUUUCAGGUUUCAAUGCGGUCCUGGUACAGUUUAUGAUCCAGAAACUGAAGUUUGCAAUCAUCCUCGAAGCACAAGACGAACAGAAUGCGGUGGUUUACUUCCUGCAGCGCCAGUUGAUCGAGUAAAUAAUAACGAAAUUGAGAGAGAGCAAAAUGAGAUACCUUCCCCAAUUACCAAUAUUCCAAUAGUAGCCUCUUCGCCGCCGACUGUUAAGCUCACAUCCACAACUUCAAAACUAUGGACAGCGUCUAGUUCCACGAUGAGUACCGCUACUAAACGGCAAGCAUCAGAAAUUCCUUCAUUAUUUACGAAUUCAUAUCCAUGGGAAUCAACUGUAGGUCACACUACUACUACUAGUAAUUCAAUGAUUUUGGCACAAAGUACAGCAACUCAAAAAACAUCGUACACGGAAGUACCAAAAUGGGUUUCUCAGUCAACUACGGUCACGGCACCUCAGUAUAAUUCUCAGGAUAAUAUUUGUACUUCAGACGGAUUUAUGGGCGACAGUGAAAACUGUCGCAAGUUUUACAGAUGUGUAGCUAACCAAAGAGGAACUUAUACCAGAUUUGAGUUUUCAUGUAGCGAAUCAACAGUAUGGGAUGAUGACACACAAAGCUGCAACCAUGCUUGGGCAGUAAAACGAAGCAGAUGUGGCAGAAGCAAUCAGAACAACCACGUGGCAACAAGAACUACUGAAAUUGCACAAACAGAUAAAACAACAGAAAAAACUAUACAACAACAAUUACAAACAAGUUAUGGUUCCAAAGUUACGCAGACUCAAACACAAAUAAGUAACGGAUCUGUGAUACAAAAUCAAACUCAAAUAAACUUUGGGGAUCGUUUAAAUCAAAACAAGGCCGCGAAAGCUGAACAAAAUCAGGCGCAAAUAAGCCAUGGGUCAGCUAUCAGCCAAACACAGACUCAAAUUGAUUAUAGUGACAAAGGUGUACAAACACAGUUACAGAUUGAUCAUUCUCAACAGUCAAGUCCAUCACAAACACAGAUUCAUGAAUCAACUACAAAUGGACCGUCAACAAACACCCAAUCUUCUCCGAGUAAUGUGGGCAAUACAUGUGAACGAUCCGGUUUUAUGGGGGAUGCCAACGACUGCAAAAAGUUUUAUAGGUGUAUAGAUAAUGGGAGAGGUGGAUAUACAAAAUUCGAGUUUUCGUGUGGUGAAGGCACAGUCUGGGAUCAAACUAUUGAAGCUUGCAAUCAUGCAUGGGCUGUUAAGGAAUGUGGAGGAAAGGGAUCUUCUGUAACUACUGGUACUACACAAGUUGCUAUAAGUACUUCUCAGUCAACACAAAAUUAUCACACAACAGCAUCAGUUCCUCUUCAGACUACUUCCGAAUUUGUAACACAGGAUUACGAAGACAGUGGUUAUGGGCAACAAAAUCAAAGUCCGACUUCAUCUUCUUCAACAACGUUAAGUUCAACAACUUCUACGUCUGCUUUAACUACUGCAAAACCACCUCCCAAUGGAAAUUGUCAGUUUAGUGGAUUUAUGGGCGACCCCAAUGACUGUAAAGUAUUUUACAGAUGUGUCGAAAAUGGUAAAGGUGGUUUUACGAAAUAUGAGUUUAAGUGCGGUGAGGGUACAGUUUGGGAUCCUGAUUUAGAUGCAUGUAACCACGCUUGGGCUGUGAAACGAUGUGGUGGUAGUUCGUCUUCCGAUAUAAACCAAACAAAAACCACGACUGAAAAGCAAAAUACACAGUUUACAACUAGUACUCUAACUACUGCAGUUACCCAGUCAACCAGUGAAAUACCUGCAACACAAAAUGAUGAUUAUGAUACCGGUUAUGGGCAAAAUAACAACGAUGUAAUGACUUCAUCAACUUCAAAGACGACUACGACGAAGCAGACACAAAACACAGACCAUAAUACAGGCAACAUUUGUCAAUUCAGUGGUUUUAUGGGUGAUCACAAAGACUGUAAAAAGUUUUAUAGAUGUGUCGAUAACGGUAAUGGAGGAUUCACGCGUUAUGAAUUUACAUGUGGUGAAGGAACAGUAUGGGAUCCCAAAAUUGAAGCGUGUAAUCAUGCUUGGGCAGUGGAAAAAUGUGGAGGAUCAGCGCAAGGACAUCAAGAAACUACAACUCAAGCUAAGCCAACAACUAUAAGCGAAGGUACAACUAUGACUGGAAGCGAAGACAGUACAAUAUCGUCCACGCCACUGCCAAGUUCUACAAUCAGUACUUCAACUUCAAUGGGAUCAGUACCAGCAAUUAGCAACGACUGCAAAAAUAGCGGGUUUAUGGGAGAUCAAAAUGAUUGCAAGAAAUUUUAUAGAUGUGUGGACAACGGUAAAGGAUCAUUUACCAAAUAUGAAUUUUCUUGUGGUGAAGGUACUGUAUGGGAUCAAAAAAUUGAAGCAUGUAACCAUGCAUGGGCAGUAAAAGAAUGUGGUAGUUUUGUAGCUUCAUCACCUAGCCAUCAGGAAACUAGCACACAGUUACAUCCAACAAUGAGUGAUGAAAUUGGUAAUGGCUACCCAUCAAAUGUCGACACUGAUUUGGACACAUCUACUCAAAGUACAACGACUCAUUCAACGACAGAGAGUUCAAAAGAACCAAGUAGCAAUAAUAACUGUGUAAGCAGUGGUUUUAUGGGAGAUAAGAAUAAUUGCAAGAAAUUUUAUCGUUGUGUGGACAAUGGUAAUGGGGCAUAUACCCGCUAUGAAUUUGAUUGUGGAGAAGGAACUUUAUGGGAUCAAAGUAUAGAAGCAUGUAAUCAUGCAUGGGCUGUCAAAGAUUGUGGUACUCUCAGUAACAUUAGUUCACCAGCACAGCAGCCUGUGGAAUCUUCAACUACAGAAACUGGAGAAAUAAGUUAUCCUCCAAGUACUGACAAAACUAGUACUUCAACAACACAUGCCCAUCCAGACAGUAGUUCUAGUGAAAUAUGUUCCAAAGAAGGCUUUGUUGGCGAUAAAAAUAAUUGCAAGAUAUUUUAUAGAUGCGUUGACAACGGCCGUGGUGGUUACACUAAAUAUGAAUUUACGUGUGGCGACGGUACUUAUUGGAAUCAAGAAAUAUUAUCAUGUGAUCAUGCUACAUCUGACAAAAUGUGUGUCGGUCAAGAAAGCAGUUCAAGUACUCAAACCCAUCAACCAGAAAACGAUGAGAUUUAUACAGAAUCUUCCAAUAUGUCCAGUUCAACAACAACCGAAAGAAACGAAAAUCAAAGUCAAAAACCUCAAGUUUCAUCUGAUGUGUGCGAAUCAGAGGGAUUUUAUGGAAAUAGUAAUGAUUGUAAAAUGUUUUAUAGAUGCGUAGAUAAUGGAAAAGGAGGAUAUACCAAAUAUGAUUUCACUUGUGGAGAGGGGACAAUUUGGGAUCCAGAAAUACAAGCUUGCAACCACGAAUCGAAUAAUAAAAAUUGUUCGUAUAGCUCUGCACCUACUAGCUCUUCAUCAACUGCAAACCAGCCAGCUUCCGUAACUGAAAGUUCAAUGUCAUCAGCGUCACAGACUCAGCAUACGACUGAAUCGACGCAAACUUCUGCAUCUUCAUCUAGUAAUUAUCAAUGUUCAUCUGAGGGAUUCUUCGCAGAUCCUAAUAAUUGUAAGAAAUUUAUAAGAUGCGUUAACAAUGAUAAAGGAGGAUAUACAAAAUAUGAGUUCUCUUGUGGUGAUGGUACAGUGUGGGUCCAAGAUAUAUUAGCUUGUGAUCACGAUACCGGUGAUACAAAUUGUAGCUCACAGACAACAAGUCGUCCAGUAACAACGGAAGGUAAUCAACAAACAACAGAAAAUAACGUGGUGAGUAGUUCGCCGACUGAAACUCAAACAAUUGAUAAGCAAGAAGAUGAAUAUGAUAGUCCGAAUUCUGAGAAACCACCACCCGCUUCAAGCAGUGGUCAAUGUACAUCUGACGGAUUUUAUGGAAAUGAAAAUGACUGCAGACAGUUUUACAGAUGCGUAGAUAAUGGUCAAGGAGGAUACACGAAAUAUGAUUUUACUUGUGGUGAAGGAACGGCAUGGGAUUCUGACGUGCAAACUUGCAAUCAUAUAGACCAAGUGAAAUCUUGUAAGCCCCAGCCAGUGCAUGACGAGAGCAAUAGUCCUAAUGAAGCUUCUAGUACUACAUCUUCAAGUCCAACUACAGCUGGGUCUACAAGUUCUAGCGCGACAACUGAAAGCUCAACAUCUUCAAGUACAACUUCGUCAUCUGAUCUUGAGCACACUACUGCGUCUAAUAAAGACACUUGUAACAGUGAAGGCUACUUCGGAAAUUCUCAUGAUUGCAAAAAGUUUUACAGAUGCGUAGAUAAUGGAAAAGGCAGCUAUACAAAGUACGACUUUACUUGCGGUGAAGGUACAAUUUGGGAUCAAGAUAUAACCACUUGUAAUCAUCCACAGGAUGUUGCUAAUCCCUCUUGUAAUCAACAGCAAGAUGGUAGUUCAUCAUCGAGCACUAGUUCUUCUUCAGCUUCUUCUUCAAGUGAUACCACAUCGACUACGGCGUCAUCAUCUUCUCAAAGUACAACGGAAAGCUCUCAAAGCUCGUCGAAUUGUUCACAAGAAAACUCUUCCAAAAAACCCCAAAAACAAAAUAUUACGUGUGACAGAGCAGGUUACUAUGCCAAUCCUAAUGACUGUAAGAAAUUUUAUAGAUGUGUAGACUGGGAUGGAGAUGGAAAACGAUUCUCCGUUUAUCAUUUCGAAUGUGGUGAGGGUACUAUUUGGGAUCCAGCUGUUGAAACAUGUAAUCAUGAAGAAUCAGUGUAUCCUCCACGUGAUUGUAGUGGUUCAGAAUCUCAAAGUGCAAAUCCACCUCCAGCAACAGAGGGUACUACCACAACACAACAAGAGACCACAAGCUCUCAAGAAAGUACUUCGACUCAAAGUACGUCAACAUCUCAAUCUAGUACAGAAUCGAGUACUACUGAGUCAUCAACUACAGAGCAAUCGACUACUUCAGAACAAACAACUACACAACAAUCAACUUCAUCAGAACAAACAACAUCUAGUCAAACGUCUUCACAGGCGACUACAGAACAGACAACUCAACAAUCAAGUAGCACUGAGCAGACUACAGAACAAACCACACAGAGUUCGUCUUCUUCACAGACAACAACAGAGCAGUCUACCACGUCUGAACAAACAACCACACAACAAUCUACCACAUCAGAAUCAAUCACGACACAAUCUUCUAGUACUACAGAAUCACAUAGUACUACCGAGGAAUCCACCACGGAGCAAUCUACCACGGAGCAAUCCACCACAGAACAAUCUACCACAGAACAAUCGACCACAGAACAAGCGACCAUAGAACAAUCAACCACAGAACAAUCAACAACAGAACAGUCAACUACAGAACAGUCAACUACAGAACAGUCAACUUCAGAACAGUCAACUACAGAACAGCAAACGACAGAACAGCAUACGACAGAACAGUCAACCACAGAACCGUCUACUACUGAACAGUCGACAACUGAACAGUCGACAACUGAACAGUCGACAACUGAACAGUCGACAACUGAACAGUCGACAACUGAACAGUCGACAACUGAACAGUCGACAACUGAACAGUCGACAACUGAACAGUCGACAACUGAACAGUCGACAACUGAACAGUCGACAACUGAACAGUCGACAACUGAACAGUCGACAACUGAACAGUCGACAACUGAACAGUCGACAACUGAACAGUCGACAACUGAACAGUCGACUACUGAACAGUCAACUACUGAACAGUCUACCACAGAGCAGUCAAACGAUAAUUCAACAUCAGACAGUAAAUGCCCUGAGACCAAUGAAGACCAAUCACUGUUUGUAUGCCCAACAUCAUUUAGAAGACAUCCAAAGUAUUGCAAUUUAUUCUACCAAUGCGAUGAAGAUGAGGAUACGCAUGAUGUUAAAAUUGCAGUAUUUACAUGCCCCAAUAAUACUAUCUACGAUGAAAGUCAAACACGUUGCUUAGAAGAAAGUAAGGCCGACAAAAAAUGCGAUGGAGAAAUAGCACAAAAAAGAAGGUUUAAAAGAUUGGAUAAAAGCUAUAAAGAACCUAUUGUGGUGACCAAAGAAAGUCAAGCAUGUCCAAGCGCUGGCUACUUCUCCUUUGAAAAAGACAGUGAAUGUUCUCCAGCUUUCUUAAAAUGUAAAAAAGACAAGAGAAAUGUAUUAAGAGGCUUAGUGUAUCGAUGUCCAAGGGGCUACGUUUUUUGGUCAAUUAGUAAGAGAUGCGAACCAGUCGACAGUGUAAGAGACUGCAAACGUUCACAAAACAAUUGGUCAGGACGAUGGGAGAUACCCGUAGAAAGAAAAAAUGUAGCGCCAUCAUAAAAAUAUUAGAAUAAGAUUUUUUUAUAAUAGAC